AUGGACCGGUUAGCACGCCUCGUCAGCUACCUGCUGCUCACCCUUCUCCCUCUCACAGCGGCCCUCAAAUUCGACCUUCAUCCAGUGGCUGAACGCGAAUCUGCCCGAUACGAGCGAUGCAUUAGGAAUUUUGUUGCAAAGGAGCAGUUGGUGGUUGUCACGGCGAUACUGGAUGGGUACAGGGGAGAUGGCCAGAGGGUUGAUAUGCAUAUCCGCGACGCAAUGGGCAACGACUACCACCGCCCCAAGGACGUAGUAGGCGAGAACCGCUACGCAUUCACCUCGCACGCCGACUCGGUCUUCGACGUCUGCUUCGCCAACAUCUUCACAUCUGCCUCGUCGUCCAAGUCGAUCAAGCCCCGCCAUGUCGAACUCGACAUUGACAUUGGUGCCGACGCAAAGGACUGGAACGCCAUCUCCGCCAGCGAGAAGCUCAAGCCCGUCGAAGCCGAACUGCGUAGGAUCGAAGAGGUCGUCGGCGAGAUUGUCCGGGAAAUGGAUUACUUGAGGUGGCGUGAGCAGAGGCUUAGGGAUACGAAUGAGAGUACCAAUGAGAGAGUCAAGUGGUUUGCUGUUGGCACCAUGGGCAUGCUGGUCGGACUGGGUGCGUGGCAGAUUAUUUACCUCAGGGCUUAUUUCAGGAGCAAGCAUCUUAUCUAG